GGUUUUGUAGGCUUGGCAUGUUGUUAUUCAAUAUUCACAACACAAUGCUGGCGUAAAUGUGAAUUUGUUUACUUUUAUUUUAAUAAUACAGAAUUUACAAUGUACUAAAUAUAUUUUUGUGUCCUUUUUGCCUUUUAAGAUGUCAGAAGUGGACCCGAUCCAAGUGGAAAAGUCUGCCAAAAGGAAAAAAUCCGGCCUCAAUAAAAAUGAAGAAUCAGAGUUGGAAAGUUUGGAGAAACUCCUUCUAGGAAGAGGAAAGAACGUUCUAGAUAAUGCAACUGUUGAAGAUGCUGGCAGUCGCAAAAAAAUCAAGAAAGCAUUCAAACCUGCUUGGGAAGACCCUGACGAUUCCAGUCUAAAUGUAAAUGAUGCACUCUCAGCACAAGGUAGACCCAAAAUGGGUGUUCCUGGUAAACCUUCAGACCAAUACCAGACAGUGCUGAAGAAAAGAUUUGAAACACGUAUUGGCAACCCUGAGUGGGCUAGAUUAGACAGACAAGUAGAAAAUGAAGAUGAGGAAGAACUGCUAAAGCGAUGUGGAAACUUUAUUGAAAAGCAGCCUGGUGCGUUGACUAAAGGUUCGCUUGAUAUAAAGAAACUGCAGAAUCUCAACAAAUCCACAGGCAGAGAAGGACCUUUUAUCAACUCUCUACAGUUCCAUCAGACGUCAACUGUAGCCCUGGUGGCUGGAAGUGGAAGCAUCGCUUCUAUAUUCCAGGUUGACGGCUUGACCAACCCCCACUUGCAGUCCGUCAAGUUUGACAGGUUCCCAGUGAGAUGUGCCAGGUUUUCCCAGGAUGGUUCACAGUUCAUCGUAGGCUCCCAACACCACAGCCACUACUUUGUGUACGACAUGAUGGAGGGUCGCACCAUCCGGGUGCCGACUCAUCACACCACCGAGCAGACCAACAUGAAGAAGUUCGAGGUGUCGCCAGAUGGCAGGUUGAUCGCAGUGUGUGGCAGGUUUGGUAAUAUCCAUCUGCUACACGCCCGCACCAAGGAGUGGAUCGGGGCUCUCAAGAUGAACGGAGAAGUGACAGCGAUCUGCUUCAGCCCUAGCGGAGAUCAGCUGUGGUCACAUGGAGACUCAGGUGAAGUUUACGUGUGGGAUACAGCUAGUCGCAAAUGUCUCCAUCGAUUUACAGACGAAGGGUGUAUACACGGGACCAGCAUAGCUAUCUCUCCCAGCAACCAGCUGGUGGCUUGUGGCAGCAGGUCAGGAGUGGUAAACGUGUAUGAAGCACAGUCAGUUCUGAAGUCUUCCACUCCGCAGCCAGCCAAGGCCUUGCUGCAUCUCGUCACCUCUGCAACAUUUGUUAAGUUCAAUCCCACCAGCCAGAUCCUGACUAUGGCUUCUGAUGAUAAGGAGGGAGCUCUUAAACUGGUCCACAUGCCAUCAAUGACGGUGUUCAGCAACUUUCCUGCCAAGGACAGUUUCUUGGGUCGGGUCAACUGUCUCGACUUCUCCCCCGGGAGUGGAUACAUGGCUGCAGGCAACAGUCAGCACACUGCUCAACUAUAUAGAUUAAAACACUUUGGAAACUACUGAAAUAUAAAAACUAGAUGUACAUUUUUA